AUGCAGCUCCUGGCCAGAACAUCUCUCCCCCCGGCGACAUCGGCGUCGUCCGACGAACCAGUAGCGUUUCAGGAUUUUGUGGCCAACGACAGGUACAUUGUCGUCUGUCUCUCCAAUGCCACUGUCCACGUUCUGUCGAGCGCGACGGGGGCCUUGCUGCAAGAAACGCCCUUUGUCCAUCCGGCCGGCUAUGUUUCUCGGCCGAUUCUGGACGGCGACACGAUCAUCCUGUGUUCACCAAGCGACGUGAAUCUUACCGUUUACAGCAUUCCACAACAAGUCGUUGCCUGCACCUUGAGCUGUCCGGACCCGAAGCCCAUUUUCCUCCUGACGCCACUGCACCUCACCGAAGACGACUGCGUCGUCGCCGCGAUCCAUCUCGACGGGUCCCUCUGCGUGUGGGACGUGCGGACGCGCGCACAUCUGUACACGGCGAAGCUGCACAGCGAUGUUGCCUUUUUCCGCACCGUGGUCGGAAAGACGCUCGUCACGUCAUCGCCCGACGGGACAAUGGCGGCCAGCAACUGGGAGACGGGGGCGGUACUGUGGAAAAAGACGUUUGGCGAGCCAUACAACCCGCGCAGAAAGGGCAAGCCGCACGGCAUUGCGGCCUAUGCCCAGGCGGCGUGCGAUGGCAACAUUGCUGCCGGGACCACCGACGGGCGGCUGUUUGUCUUUGACCUGGAGACGGGACACCAGCUGGCGGAAUGGCAAGCCGCGGACAGCAUGACGCAGCAUUUACUUGUUCGAGGCAACCGGCUGGUCCAGCUGUCCUGGGGUGAGAUGAAAAUCUGGUCGCUCUCCGACUAUAGCCUUGUGCACACGGUGCGCGUGUUCGACCGCGUGGCGACAUCUGUGGCCCUGAGUAGGAAGUUGGUGAUCUGCUGCGGCCGGGACGCCGCAGAGGACGGCGACAAGUGCGGACUGGACGUGGGCAUCAAGGGCUGCUCGUUUGGCGAACAACAGGCAAUAGAGAGUGGACACUCAGACACGCCGGAGACCGACGGAUCCAAAGGAUGCGGCACGGAUGCCUUCAAUAUAGGUCCGCCCCUGAGAAACGCAGGAGACCUCCAGGUCCUGAGCGACGACCGUCUCGUUCUCAACGUGCUGCGAGGAAGUGUAUGGUCGGUUGAAAUAUGGCAGUUGUAA